AUGUCAUCAGUGCUCUCAAACGAGGUGGUUCUAUCGCCCAAGUCAUCGCCCAAAGCAGGAAGUAAGGCAGGUAGUGUUACUGAUAAGAACUCAAACUCUCCUCGUUCUGCCAUGAAGACGAAUCAACAACAGCAACAGGUGGUUCCAUCUCACGCUCCCUCAUUAGAAGAGGAAGUGGAGUGUAUGGCAAAUAUUUGUGAGUGCCUGGAUUCCUGCCUUACUAAUAUUAAACGAUAUUUAAAUCAGCUUGAUGAUGACUUGAAUAUGGACAAUGUAGAUCAAGCCUUAGAGUGCUUCCAACUCGCCGUUACCUUGCUUUCUUCUGAUCCUGAGCCCGAAAGACUUAAGCAACUUGUAUUCGGAUCAUACCAAAGAGAAGAGAGUUCUAUCAUUUCAUUACUGUUAGAUUUUAUUUCUCUUCCUUCUUAUUUUAAAUCUUCGGCCUUUGAACGCAGCUAUGAGGACAAGAGUGCACAAUUUCAAAUUGCUAAUGAAAUUGAUCAAUUGCUGAAUCACCUCAAAGUUUAUGCUUUGAAAUGUUUAAGCAAAUUGGUCAGUAUUUGCUCCUACGAAUCAAGAAAUAUGUAUGAAGAAACAGCAGGAGAGUCAGUGAUAAAAUCUCUCUCCAAAUUAUGUGCUGAAAGUAUUGUUCAAGACCACGGAAUUGAUAUCAUGCUUGAUUAUUUGAGUAGAGAAGAAAUAUCUGAGUUGGAAGAUUCUUCUCGUUCUGGAAAUGCUGUGGGGGACGAGGAAGUAAGGCUAGCCGUGGCAGAGUGCUUGUUUUUCUUUGUGGUAAGAAAUGAAGUUGGAAGAUUGGCUGUUCUCAUUCAGAAAGGAGUUCCAAUUAUUCUCAAAUGCUUGGAAACUGAGCCCAACCAAUUGAUAAGGAGCUACUGUUGUGCUAUCUUAAGAGAGUUCAGCACUUCAUUCCCUGAAGAAUUGUUGAAAGACAAUGCUAUUCAAAUAUGUGUCAAAGCGCUUAACUCUGACCCAAGCCUUGAGGUUAGAGCUCUUUGUGCAGAGUUAUUGGAAGUAUUAUUUAAAACAGAGCCCAAAUCAUUUCAAUUUGUUUCUGUCCCAACGUUGAGCAAGGUACUUAAUGAUAGACUGCUUAAAGAAACUUCCAGAGACGUACUGGAGGCAACUUGUAAACUAUUAGAAACUAUAUUCUCCUCACAGCAAUACGACUCUGACAUCGAGAAGCUUGAGUUUCAUGAAGAAUUCAUUCAAAAAGGCUACUGGAAGUCCUUCAUUAGAGUUUUGAAACAAUGUUCAGUUAGACCUGCCUCAUUAGCAACACGCGCAUUCAGAUAUUUGCUGCAGUUUGCUCCACCUAGUCAACGGUUGGCAAGAGAGGUUGUCUCCCACUUCCAAUCUUUUUCUGUAUUAUUGAAAGCAUGUCUUGAGACAACAAAGACAAACGAACAGAAGCAGCUCAGUUCAAUCAAUGUCGCUAACAAGCUUCUCAAAGUGGAACUUUCUAUCAUACUUGCUUUAUUAUUCGUACAGAGUCCUUUUGCUAGACAUCAAAUUCAUAAUGAGCUCAAAGCAUUUCCUUUAUGGAUGUCUGCAUUAAGAGGCGCACUGUUGAAGCAUUUGGGCUUUGCAGAAAUGGAUUACUUCUCGGAUGUGAGGAUCAUUGAUGAAAAUGGAAGAAAUAUCGUUGCAGCGUUUAGAACAAAGGCUAAUUCACAAUUGAACACUCUUGUCUUAGUAGAGAUUUUCGAAACUCAAGAAUCAGAAGCAAAUAAUGCAGACGACUUUGUUUCAAGGGAUGAAUCCAACCAGCUCGACGGAAAGAUUACUCAUUUCAUUCUUAGUUUUGCUCUUCACAAAACAUUGACUUCAUCAGAGCCUGUUGUUGCAACACCAAACCAUUCUUCCCCAAGCAAAAUCACAAAAACUCCUUCAAAAACACCAUCCAAGACCCCAUCAAAAGUUCAGGACAAGGUGCCAGCCUAUAUUUCUAUGGAAACUUCUAUGACUCCAAGAAACAAAACAACACAUGAAAGUUCAAUUAAUACUUCUCUCAACUCAGACGAUUCAUUCAUUCAAAAGUUCGGAGAUGUUUUAGCCAAACACGAGGUGGUUGAAAUAGAAGAAAACUCUUUAUCAGAUUCAUCAAAUUCGAGCUCGAAGAAAGACGUAAACACUAGUCCUUCCACAAACCAUAGCCAAUCUGUUCCAUCAAACCAACAACUAAGGGAUGUCAACAUCACCACAAAGACCGAAAAUGUAUCCACUACUUACUCUGACUCGUUUAUCAAUGCAAGAAGCAUUGUUUCGAGAGCUAGUUUGAACAAGUCACUGCAAAAAAAACAAUUUGAAAAUAUGGUUUAUCUUUGCAAAGCAUUUGGAGUAUGGUAUGAGAGCCACGAGAUGAAAAUUUUGCGACAAAAGGCACAAAAUAACUUUGUAAAGGCACAUAGGAUGGCUUCCAAUACUACAGGCUUGAGAAUAAUCCCGACCGGGUUUGUAAACACGCCAGAUGGCUUAGUAUUAAGAUAUCAACCAAAUGACUCUCCUCAAAAAUUAUGCAAGCACUGGACAGAUGAAGAUGUUAAAUUGUCGGACGUCUUCACCUUUGAAGUUCCUUUCGAUGAUUUUACAAUUGAAAGAGUGGAAAAGGUACAGCAAGCUCUUGCAAAACAUUCCAAGCUUGUGAAGAAAUUACUAGUUUGCUGCCCCAAGUCACCCAAGAACCGACGAACAUUCUUAAUGGAUAUGAACUUGAAUAUUAUGCCUAAAACAAGCCAAACCAUUGAGGAAUUGUUAUUAUUGAUGAAAGAAUAUGGUCUUGAAAAUAUCAAAAUGCCAAUUUAUUUAUGGAAGGGAAAGGAAAGGAAAGACACUUCACUGACGCAAUACAACAUUUUGGAGAUCCUUGAAUUUAUCAAGAUUCAUAUCGCCAAUCAUUGCCAACUCCAAAUUGAAGGCCCUAAUAACAUCGAUACUAAGGUGUAG